ACUUGUCUGGGCACUUGUCUACCAUAUCUACUUCAAUAUGGACAGCAAACAUGCACAGCCUGAGACAGAGUUGGAUAACAUUAGAAUUGUGCUAGUGGGGAAGACUGGAGUUGGGAAGAGUGCAACAGCAAACACUAUCCUGGGGAGAAAAGUUUUUGAAGCCAAGCGAUCACCAUCCUCUGUCACAUCACUCUGUGGUAAGAAUUGUGGAGAGGUGGAUGGAAAAAUGGUUUCUGUGGUUGACACUCCAGGGUUGUUUGAUACCAAAGAUGAAGAUAAAAUAGUAACAGAGAUCAAGAAGUGCAUCUCUUUCUCAGCUCCCGGUCCCCAUGCCUUUCUGGUCGUUAUCAGUUUGGCAGACAGAUACACAAACCAGGAAAAAGAAACUGUGAAAAUCAUCCAGAAAACCUUUGGUAUUGACGCAGAAAAAUACACAAUAGCACUGUUUACCCAUGAGGACAUACUGGACGAUGUAUCUAUUGAAAAGUAUCUGGAUGAGAAUGCAGACCUUCAAGGUUUCAUAAAGACAUGUAAGGGAGGAUACUAUGUCUUGAACAACAAAAGCAAGAAUCCCACUCAGGUCACCGAACUACUGAAGAAGAUAAAUAACAUGGUCUGUAACAAUGCAGGAAGCUACUACACUAAUGGAAAUUUCCAAGAGGCUGAAAGAGCGAUUGAAGAGGAGAAAGAAAAGAUUCUGAGAGAGAAUGCAGAGCAGAGAAAUAGAGAGAUAGAGGAGUUGCAUGAGAAAUACCAGGGUGUGCUACUCAAGCAGUGCAUAGAGGAGGUUCAGCAGCAACAUGAGAAUGAAGCUAGGGCGACUGCAGAAAAAUUCAAUGAUUACAUCAAGAAAGUAGCAAUUGGUACAUAUGCUCUUGUUGGAGCAGCAAUUGGAGCAGUGGGGGGUCCAUUGGGAGCUGUACUUGGAGCUGGCAUUGGAGCUGCUGCUGCAAAUGUAUCUGUUAAACUUUUGUUCUUGUUUUGUUUUGACUGUUUUAAUUGGUAUGAUUGGUUUGAUUUGAUCGAAUUGUGUAGAACACUGGGGCUCAAAGUUGUUCAUAGUUAAUAAUAUUCAUGUUAUUCAAUACCUUUAUUGAUAAAAUAUUAAAGAAGUGGUAGCAAUAGAUCAGUAUUCACUUCUUCCUACUUCGUACUUUUCGGACAUUAAAUAUUUGUUGAUGUUUAUUGAGAGUUUGAUGUAUACGUUUAUUGUUAUUCUUGUUUUGCAGAAAUCCCAAAUCGAAAAUAAUACGUCUAUAUUUUUGAGCUACAUUUAAAUUUGGAUUCAGUCAAUCUUAGAAAUCUAGAACAGAACUGUGACACAAGACCAAAUGAGAAUGUGCCGUGAGUGUGUCACCUCAAAUGAUUUGUUUAUAUUUCAGACUUGGUAUGCAACAUUUUCACUUGAAAUGCACAUUAAAUUCUUCAUUAAACUUG